AUAGUAUUCAAGUCUUAACCACCGUCUCAGGUAAAAACAUUUAGGCGGGAAAACCCCUAAAUAAAACAAACAAGUAAAAACUUGAUCUUUCAACUUCUGGUUCUCCCACCCCUCCCAUAUUUCCUUCUCCUUCUCCGACUCCGACAUUUUUGCUUUUUCCGAGUUCACGCACCAGCCAGCGCCAUGGCUAUUUGUGCUUCAGCUGGAGGAGAGGACCGGCGAGCGAAGAAAGAGAACGUGGUCUUAGAUGACGAGGAAGAAGGCGAAAAGUGUGUUCCGAAACCUGAGGUUGCGGAGUUGCGUGGACGAUGGGAACUUGCUUCCGUUCUCAAUUUCUUGACCGUUUUUGAGCCAGUAAUCGGUAAGGAUUUGCAGAUAUCGGCGGAAGAGAUAGAGACGGGUUUGAUAUGCCCUGAUAGUUCGCUUGCUAAGCUCCACAUUAUUCUUUUGAAGGGGAUACCGCCUGUGAGUAAAACAUUGGAUGGUUCUGAUGAUGCGUGGGUCACUGUGCUUUGUAAGAAGCUUUCUCCGUGGUGGCCAUGGGUUGCUGAAGGGGACAUUCCAAUUGUGGCAGCUAAAGGAGAGGAGAUCCCUAGAUACAAAGGACUCGAUCCUAUUAAGCGUUUACUGACCUUAAAAGCGCUUUGUGAAAUACGGGCUGAUCAAGAUGAUGCAGUGGCUUAUCUUAAUGAUGCUCUGAAACAAGGGACCCAAAUUUCUUCUUUCCGUAAAGAUAAGAUAGGAGGAGAUGGGAAAAGCACUUCGUUUUGGUAUGAUGGGAAUAAAAUAGUUGGAUAUAGAUUAUACAGAGAAGUAACUGCAUUUGAAAGAAAGAAAAGAUCUAUUGGGAGAGAGUCUUCGUUCCCAACCUGUAACCAGUGGGAAACGCUGGCAACCAAUCUAGAGGAAUUUCGCAAAGUUGCAGAUGAAUUCUCAUCGAGCAAGGUUGUAGCAUUGGCUGCUGUUGGUAGGACUCUCAAAACUGAUGCUAUUCCUGUUCUUGAGAAAAUUCAGAAGAAUAAAGAACAGGCAAUAAAAAGGAAACAAAGGAAAAAUAUGCUUCUGAAUGAUGGAAGAAGUUUCCUUGCUAGUACUGGUGCCGGUGCUAGAGUUACUCGCUCAUGUCGCACCCUUAGGCCUGUCAAUUACACAUUUGAUGACUAUGAUCGGAUGAUGAAGGAGGCUAUACAACAAACGACAAAGAGGACAAGUCCCAAAGAGCGAAGGAAAGAAAGAGAGGGUAGCGAGAUUGCUUCAGAGAGCGAGACAGACCCAGAAGACCCUUUCCCUAAAAGGUUCUGCACUAAGGAUGAUAAUGUUGAAGAUUCAAAUGUGGAUAUAGCUAUGCUCAAGGAUGAUGGUAGUGAUGACGAUUAUAGUGGCAAAGAGGAUGUUGAUGAUAGCGGCUGUAGAGACUCAGCCACUUCUGAAGUAAGCAGGAAGGAGAACCGUCCCUUCGGUGCACGUUGGAGUACUAGGCUGGCUGGAGGCACUGCCCAUCCUUCUAUGGAACACAGAAACUUGGGAACGAAGAAUAUAUCAAGACAAAGACCGACCCAUAACUCAGCUAUGGACUCUAUUGUUGUACCAGAUUCAGAUUAUGAAAGCUGAGCUAGAGAAUUCUGUACAUGGAAACUUGAUACUUGCACUAACGCCUAGAAUACAGCUCAAGUUAAACUCCAAAUCUUUUGCUAUUUUUGUGGUCAAGAGAGCAAGUUUUGAAACACGUAUGUUGUGAAGUUGGAAACAUGCAACAUGGGCACUUUUGUAAAUUUUGAAAUACAGUAUUUUGGCAUUAAAAAUCGAAAGUUGGUAUUUUGAAUA